AUGGCAGCGUCGAUCCCUUCCACUAUGAGAGCUUCUCAAUGGACCUCCAUCCCGAACAGCAUCGAGAAGAGUCUCAAGCUCAACAACAAUGCACCUCUUCCGAAAUCAGCAAAAUCACUUGGUAAAGAUGAUACCCUUGUCAAAGUCCACUAUGCCGCUCUCAAUCCUGUCGAUUACAAGCUCCCUGAAGCACCCAUCGUCGGACGUGUUGCCAUUUCCAAGCCCGCAUCACCAUGUAUGGACUUUGCUGGUGUUGUUGUGAAGACUUCGCGAAGUGAUCUGAAACCUGGCCAGGCUGUCUUCGGCAAGACAGAGCCUCCUCUUUUCGGCGCUAUGGCCGAGUAUCUGGUGGCAGGACGUCAAGGCACUAUCGCUCUCCCUGACGGUGUAAAGCCUGAGGAUGCUGCCUGUGUUGGUGUAGCUGGUUUGACCGCAUACCAAUGCAUCGUACCCAACGUCAAGCCUGGUGACAAAAUCUUCAUCAAUGGUGGAUCGGGAGGCACUGGGUCUUUCGGCAUUCAAUUUGCAAAGGCACUUGGCUGUGAAGUCACCACGACUUGCAGUGGACCGAACGUGGAGCUUUGCAAGAGUCUCGGGGCUGACGAAGUCAUCGACUACCGAACCCAGAACGUACACGAAACUCUUAAACGUAGCGGUAAGCAAUUUGACCAUAUCGUCGACUUCGUUGGCUCGCCGGAGCUGUACUGGCAAGCUCACGACUUCUCAAAGAAGGGAGCCAAGGUUGUGAACGUGGGAGCUACCAUGAGCCUCGACUUCUUCCGUCGCUUGUUGCCCAUCUUCAUCUUGCCAGGCUUCCUUGGAGGUGGAAAGAUGAAGUACGAGUUCUUGACCUGCCGCGCCAAGGAGGACGAUUUCAAGCAGAUCGCAAAGUGGAUGGCUGAGGGCAAAGUCAAGCCAGUUAUCGGCGAGAUGUUCAGUCUGGAAGAGGUCCCUAAGGCUUUCGAGAAGCUCAAGACGGGUCGUGUUCGUGGCAAGUUGGUUGUCAAGGUUUCGAAUCAGUAA